GAAAGUAAAAGUAAAAACCCGUGAAAAGCACCGACACGCAGCCUGACAGCGUUUUUGCUGGAUUCACAGUCAGCUCUCAGCUUCAUUUUAACCUCUCUUGUCUUUACACUGAAGAUGCUUCACAAUUUGAAGCCCUGUGAGACGCAGACUGGAGGUUUCUGCUUUGAAAAUACCCGCAGGAAUGCAGCGUUGGAGUCCAGCCUUUCAGAGUUCGGCUACAAAGCCCCCGGUGCCAGAAAGACAGGGACCACCAUCGCUGGGAUUGUAUACAAGGACGGUGUGAUUCUGGGAGCAGAUACCAGGGCUACAGAUGACAUGGUGGUGGCUGACAAGAACUGCAUGAAGAUUCAUUACAUCGCUCCAAAGAUCUACUGCUGCGGGGCCGGCGUGGCCGCAGAUGCAGAGGUCACCACGCAGAUCAUGGCAUCCAAUGUAGAACUGCACAUGCUCAAUACUGGGCGUCCCCCCCUUGUUGCCAUGGUAACCCGGCAGCUGAAACAGAUGCUUUUCAGGUACCAGGGUCAUGUUGGUUCAUCCCUGAUUGUUGGAGGAGUUGAUGUGACUGGAGCUCACCUGUACAGUGUUUACCCACACGGCUCCUAUGACAAACUGCCUUUCCUCACCAUGGGGUCUGGAGCUGCCGCUGCUGUUUCUGUAUUUGAGGACAGAUUCAAACCAAACAUGGAGCUGGCGGAGGCGAAGCAGCUUGUAAAAGAUGCCAUCACUGCAGGGAUUUUCUGUGACUUGGGUUCAGGAAGCAAUGUUGACUUGUGUGUUAUCACUGAAGCUGGAGUGGAGUACCUGCGAGGCUAUGACAAGCCCACAACAAAGGGAAAACGAGAGGGGGAGUACAAGUACAAGCCCGGGACGACGGCUGUCCUUACCAAAACUGUGACACCACUCUCUCUGGAUAUUGUCAACGAAUCUGUUCAGAUCAUGGACACUGAAUAAAAGACAAUACAAAGGUCCUGAUGAAAUCAAAUCUAGUAAAUUUAUAGUAAUACAGUGUGCAAAAAAAAAAAAAAAAGAAAGGCCGUAUGGUCAAGGGAUCUAACAGGUUGUCGUCUCUAAAGCAACAAUCUCUCUAAUAAUAGUCUUGCAAUAAAAGCUUGUUUGUUAAAUGA